AUGAAAAUUAAGUUUUAAUUCAAUAAAAUUUUUGAAGCUAUAAAUAAAAACCUUAUCAAACCUUAAAAAAAGAUAGAAAUUAGAUUAGAUAGAUUAUCUAUGGAUCCUCAUCAUUAUUGGAUAGCUGUUGCAAAAGGAAUGGAAAGACCUUUUACAGGAGAAUUUUGGAAUGUAUUUUUUUUGCCAUAUAUGUAAGCAUGAUCAAUAAGGUGUUUAUUAGUGUUUUCAUUGCAAAAAUUCUUUAUUUUAAAGCGAUACCAAAUAUUAAGCAUAAACAGGUUAUGCAUCAUUCUUUUAGCAUCACAAAAAUAGUGUGAAAAUUAUUGAUAUUAAAGAAAAAUUUGUAAUUUUAUUACAAUAAAGAGGUACUCAGCUCUCUAGUGCAUGAAUUGUUAAUCUUAUAUUGGAUAAAUUUCAAAGGACGGACCACCACCAACAUUUUUAAGAUAUUCAAUUAAUUCUGGUGCUUUGAGAUUUUAUCAACCAAAAUAAAUUAAACAAC